AUGGACAGCGCUGACACCGAGCAGGACGCUGUUGCGUCUUUGAACACGCUGCAGUCCAAUUUCGCCAUAGUCGAUGCGAUCCGGAAAUCAGGGCGGAAGAUGAAUGAGCAGGCUAUUCCGGAAAUGAAAGAGUGGUGCCGCAAGAUUGGAUAUGAACCAUCACAAUUGAACGCACUGAGAGCUAUCCACAUAGCCGGGACAAAAGGCAAGGGGUCUACGGCAGCGUUCGCGUCCUCUAUUUUGAUGCAGUUCGUGGGAGAUGGAGCAAAGCCCCUGUCAAAAGUCGGAUUGUACACAUCGCCUCACUUGCGCUUCGUCCGAGAACGCAUACAGAUCAAUGGACAACCACUCUCUGAAGACCUGUUUGCACGAUAUUUCUUCGAAGUCUGGGACCGUCUCGAAGAUGCGGCAAAAGCAGCAUGUCAAGAUCCAAAGGCUUCUGGCGCGAAGCCUGUGUAUUUCAGAUUCCUUACACUGAUGGCGUUUCACACCUACAUGAGUGAAAAGGUCGAUACUGCCGUGAUUGAAUGUGGUAUCGGCGGUGCCUAUGACAGCACAAACAUUAUAGAGGCUCCAGCAGUAACGGGUAUCACGAGCCUCGGCAUCGACCACGUCGCCAUGCUUGGUUCUACGAUUGGUGAGAUCGCGUGGCACAAGUCCGGGAUCAUGAAGAAAGGAGUCAAAUGUUUCACUCCAAGCAGUCAAUUGCCGGAGGCAAAACGUGUCAUGGAGCAAGUUUCCGAUGACAAGGGAAGUGUGCUUGAAUAUGUCGAAAUCCACCCAGCAAUUGCAACCGGCGACAUAAGACUUGGCCUAGAGGCAGACUUCCAGAAGACCAACGCCAGCCUCGCGCUUGCCAUCGCAAAAGAAUGGUUGCAGCAGCAAGGUCUCGAUUCUGACCCGGAAUUCGAGCUCAAGGUCCGGCAUGGUCUUGAAAGAGUCCGAUGGCCGGGACGAUGCGAGACACGCCAUGAGCCAGGAAUUCGAUGGUGUAUCGACGGCGGCCAUACUCUCGAAAGUGUGGAAUUGGCGGGGAAAUGGUUCGCAACACAACUUGUCACUGCCACUCGCCAGAACGACUCGCCAGUCCCCCAACAGCCUCGCUUCUUAAUCUUCAACCAACAAACACGUGACGCUUCUGCUCUCGCCCGGGCGCUCUACAACACCCUCUCUACCGCUCUCCAGGACAUGCAUCCUUUCACGCAUGCUAUAUUCUGCACCAAUACAACCUUCAAGGAAACGGGGUUCAAGCCUGACUUGGUCUCGGUGAACGCGAAUUCUUCGGAAGUCGAAGCGCUCAAAGUUCAGAACGACCUUGCCGAGACGUGGAGACAGAUUGAUCCCUCAGCUCGGGUCGAAGUGGUAAGGACGAUUGAAGAGGCGGUCGAUACAGUCCGCCAAUACGCGGAGGCGCGACAUGCCAAUACCCAAGAGAAAUACCAAGAGGUCGUUGCACUGGUGACAGGCAGCUUGCAUUUGGUCGGUGGGUUUCUCGAGGUUUUGGAGACCGCGAAUUCGAAUGAAUGA